UUAGUUUUAAAGAAUGGAUGAAUGAAAAUUACCUUGAUUCUACUGAAGAAGAGGAAACUGAAACGACAAAACUUUUUAAACACUAUCCCACCAUUAACAAAUUUUUUUCAAAUAAAUGCUGCUUCGGCACCUCUGGCACCAGAGGAAGUGGGCAUUGUUGGUUCUUCCAGUACGAGUGGCAGUGUUUGUAUAAGCACAGAUACGGUUUCAUUUGCUUUGACAUUAUUAUUACCGAAUGAUGACGGAGUUAAUGAAAAGAAUAAGAUGGAACAUCUUACAGUUCUUGAGCAGGAAGAACUUCAUGAAACGAAAUUAGAGCCCAACGAUAACGAUAUAAUAUUAGAUUCAGAAAUAGGUUUACCAGAUUUUAAAGAUCUAGCCCUAUGGAACACUGGUCGAGAUAUUGAAAUAAUUCUAGAAUUUUGGAAACGUCAGAAUUUGGAACAAAUAAAUUUUUCCAAAUCCAAGAGGCCAUUUAAAGGCCAAAACAGGUGGGAAAAUAAACAAAUGUUCCAUAGAAAUGGUUCAGUCAACCAGUUUAAGAGAGGUUUUUCAUCUUGGAAUAGGCAUAAAGAAAGGUUUGAUGAACAUGAACGAUCAUCCGAGCAUAUAAACAAUCUAAGGAUAUAUAUUGCGCACUCUUUUACUACUGAAAGAAUUGAUAAUAAACUUGAAAUAGUAUGUAAUGUAGUAAAGGAGUAUUGGAUUAACGUAUUAAAAAGAAUUAUUAGCGUUAUAAAAUGUUUAGCAACACAAGAGUUAGCAUUUAGAGGUAGUAAUGAAAAGAUAGGCGAAGAUAAUAACGGCAAUUAUUUGGGUGCGAUUAAACUUUUGUCUGAAUAUCAUCCUUUUUUAAAAGAUCAUAUAAUGAAACUUGCAAAUCCUGGAAAGGGCACCUUUUCUUAUUUAUCAAAAGAUAUUUGCGAUGAGUUUAUAGGUAUUUUAUCAAAUAAAGUUUUAAAGGAAAUAGUAAAACAGAUUAAAGUUAAUAAGUAUUAUUCAGUAAGCGCGUGGAUUCUACGUCAGAUAUAA